AUGGGCGAGCCGUCAAGCCCGCCCAAGUUGCCGAACGGUGCGGUAUCUUCCCAGCCGUCGGCAGCAGCUCAGGGCUCGGCAGUGCGUGGCGCCUCGCUCCUCAUCGUCCUCCAGAUCCUCUCGCGCGCCGUGACUUUUAUCGCCAACCAACUGCUACUGCGCUUCUUGACGGCACAGCUUCUUGGCGUUACGACACAACUCGAGGUGUACUACCUGUCCGUUCUGUUCUUCGCACGUGAGAGUUUACGUGUUGCGAUUCAGCGACAGGGGUCCGCUCCUGCUGCGACCAAAAAGUCCGACGAUGGCAAGGAUGGCGCUGGUAGUGAAAAUGCGCAGGAUAGCCAAGCGGUGGUCAAUGUUGGCCAUCUAGCGGUGGUGCUGGGCCUGGGAGCUGCGAUUGGACUCGGAGGUGCAUAUCUGCACUAUGUUGACGCUGCGACGGCUUCGACCCCCUAUUUGGAUUCCGCGCUGUAUAUCUACGGUGUUGCAUCCAUCGUCGAGCUUCUGUCAGAGCCUGCAUUUGUGGUGCUUCAGCAUAGGCUGCGCUUCGGGCCGCGGGCAGCAGCAGAGAGCAUCGGCACGUUCCUGCGCUGCUUCGUGACUUUUGGAUCGGUAGCUUUUGCGUGGAAAAUGCGCUUAGAGCUCGGCGUGUUGCCAUUCGCGCUGGGACAACUGGGUUAUGGCUUCGGGUUACUGGGCGUGUAUCUGUGGUAUGGAAGCAGUCUCGCAUCCAGUGAGGGCUUCUCGUUGCUCCCCAGAGGCGUGACAUCAGCAACGAACAAUGAAAAGAGGAUUACCUCCAAAAAAGGGUAUACGCUCGGGCUCUUCUACAAACCAACCCUCCACCUCGCCUCGAGCAUGAGCGCCCAAUCGCUCGUGAAGCACGUACUAACUCAAGGAGACACAUUCCUGGUAUCUAUCCUCUCCAGUCCACAGUCCCAGGGCGUGUACGCACUCGCCAACAACUACGGCAGUCUCCUAGCGCGCUUGGUCUUCCAGCCCAUCGAGGAGAGCAGCCGAAACUACUUCAGCAAGCUUCUUUCUACAUCAAACUCAACCCCAGCCUCCUUUACCGACAACAAGAACCCCGCGCUCCAACCCGAGAAACAGGCCAUCACCAGAGCGAAAAACGACCUUCAAUCCCUGCUAAAAUUCUACACCCUCCUCUCCACCCUAAUCAUAACCAUCGGUCCCUUCGCCCUCCCACUUCUCGUGCAACUCAUCGCCGGCUCCCGCUGGGCCUCGAGCGGAGCCGGCGUCGUUCUAUCGCAGUACUGUCUCUACAUCCCUUUACUAGCCAUCAACGGCGUCACCGAAGCCUUUGUCUCCUCCGUAGCGUCCGAGUCGCAAGUCAAUCGGCAAUCGUUGUGGAUGGGUGCGUUUAGCUUCGCGUUUGGCAUUGCGGGAUAUAUCUGUCUCCGCGUGCUUGAUAUGGGAGCUGUGGGACUGGUAUAUGCGAAUGCGAUUAACAUGCUCAGCCGGAUCGUAUGGAGUGGGACGUUUAUAUCUGGGUGGUUCGAUGCCAAGGGGGUUGGAUUCACGUGGGGUGAUGUAGUGCCUAAGGGGCUGGCUAUUUACGUCGUGGGUACGGCAGCGCUGUGGCAGGGGCUCAUCAUGGCUGGAGUCGGUGUGGGCAGUGUGUCGAGCCAUGUCUUCCGGGACUUGGUUACGGUAGGGGUGCUUGCGUUGCCAUAUGUGGGCUUAGUCGCGUACGUGGAGCGCAAUUACCUCCUCGAGUGCUACCGAUCUAUCCGCGGCGGCCGGGCGUCAUCUCCUUAA